AGCCACACCUUCUUCUUUCAUCCCUAUGUCUUGUUUUUCUCCGGCGAACUUGAUACCUUUCCCUUUCUCUCUUUUUCGUUAUCGUUUUCUACUUCGCCUGUCCUUUGUUUUCUUCUUCGAGGACGGUUUAAUUGGGGAGAGUGAUACUGAGAGAUCUCAGAAUGGCUGCAAUGGCGACAGUGGAUCUCGAUGGAAAUCCUAUUCAGCCAAUGACUAUUUGCAUGAUAGGCGCCGGAGGUUUCAUCGGCUCUCACCUCUGUGAGAAAUUGAUGUCAGAGACACCUCAUAAGGUCUUAGCUGUUGAUGUUUACAGCGAUAAAAUCAAGCAUCUCUUGGAACCUGCAACUUUGCCUUGGGCCGAUCGGAUCCAGUUCCACCGGAUCAAUAUCAAGCAUGAUUCUAGGCUUGAGGGACUCAUCAAGAUGGCAGAUCUGACGAUUAAUCUAGCGGCGAUUUGUACUCCGGCGGACUACAAUACUCGUCCUCUUGACACAAUCUACAGCAAUUUCAUCGAUGCGCUACCUAUUGUGAAGUAUUGCUCGGAAAACAACAAACGCCUCAUUCACUUUUCUACUUGUGAAGUGUACGGGAAAACGAUUGGGAGCUUCCUUCCUAAGGAUCACCCUUUGCGUCAAGAUCCUGCAUUCUAUGUCCUCAAAGAAGAUGAAUCUCCUUGCAUUUUUGGCUCUAUUGAGAAGCAAAGGUGGUCCUAUGCAUGUGCAAAGCAACUCAUUGAAAGGCUGAUUUACGCUGAGGGUGCGGAAAAUGGUCUUGACUUCACUAUUGUAAGACCCUUUAACUGGAUUGGUCCAAGGAUGGAUUUCAUUCCUGGCAUUGAUGGUCCAAGUGAGGGUGUUCCAAGAGUUCUAGCAUGCUUCAGUAAUAAUCUCCUGCGUGGUGAACCACUCAAGCUUGUGGAUGGCGGCCAGUCCCAGAGAACCUUUGUUUAUAUCAAGGAUGCAAUUGAAGCUGUUCUGUUGAUGAUUGAAAAUCCAGUAAGGGCCAAUGGACAUAUUUUCAAUGUUGGCAACCCUAACAAUGAAGUUACAGUGAGGCAACUGGCAGAGAUGAUGACGGAGGUAUAUGCUAAGGUAAGUGGAGAACCUUCUUUGGAGAAUCCAACCAUCGAUGUAAGCUCUAAAGAGUUCUAUGGUGAAGGGUACGAUGACAGUGACAAGCGAAUCCCCGACAUGACAAUAAUCAACAGACAACUAGGUUGGAACCCUAAGACAUCACUCUGGGAUUUGCUGGAAUCAACCCUUACCUAUCAGCACAGGACAUAUGCUGAGGCUAUAAAACAGGCCAUUGCGAAGCCUGUGGCAUCCAGCUAAAUAUGUUCUAUUCAUUUGGGUUCUAUUCUUUUUUGAAAACAAACGUACACAUAUUUAAAUGGUUCGUAUAUAAUAUGAAUUUUUUUGUUGGGUGGGUGGGGAUAGGGAGUCCAGUAUUAGCUCAGAAAAAGCUGUAAUUUUACUUUAGAUCUUUUAAAUCGUUUGACGAUAAUAGUUGAUGAAACCAAUAUAACUGUACUGCUGCUAGAGCUCAAGCAUGAUUUCUAUAUUGGGAGCAUCAUAUGUGCGAAAGCCGCCUUUUGUUUCUCAAGGGUUUACUUUGGUCUAUCCACUUGCUCUGUUUUUUCGCUCCUCCUUCGAGGACGAUAGAUGUGCUGUAAGUUUUGUUUCUUGUCUUGAAAAAAAAAACCCCCCUUUCAAGUUCAA